UACUUGUUCCAUUUCAUUCUAUUUUCAUUCUGUCAACCGUCGUAGUGAGGUGCGGUACGUGAGCGCGACGUUGUUUUCUAUUUCGAUCAAUGAUAAUGUUUUUGUUGAUUACACACAAUCAAAACACCGUUAGCUCGAUCCGUUAUCGGCAAGGUUAAACGAUAUUAUAUUGAUGCAAUUGCGUAAAAUAGUUGGCUAACUGUGGAUAUAGCGUAUUAUUGACGAAAUAUAAACACUAUAUUCGUUGAAAACAUUUUGGCAAUGUCGACGGUACGGUAUUGUGGUGUUGUGUGCAAGGGAUGAGCUGAUGUGCCGUGGUCUUACUUUCUCGUACUUUUCUGUGUUUUGUUUGUGAUAAGAAAGGCAAGAUGGGAUCCACAGGCUUGACGUUAGCCGACUUGCCUAACAUAUUUAUUAUGAUAGGCGCUUUGAUAGCGCUAUUUGUCAUGCUAGUCAUACUACUCAGAAACAUGGAGGUCAUAGGAAUAGUAGGGGAGGGGAGGGAGGAGACGUGGCCGCGGGCGAUGCAGCCGCCGAGGCUUCUCAUGCAGAGGGUACACAUACCGUUCACCUUCAAGCUGCUGGAGAAUGAACCUAUAGGAUAUGGUGGUGUGAACUGCUGCGUGUCGUCCACAGUGCGGUAUUGGCACGCGAGCUGGUGGGGCGCGCCGGUGCGGGCGCUUCACCAGACCCUGUGGGGCACGCUCCCGGAGAUACUGGCGUCCAACCGACUUAGUUUUACCAGAAGCAACCCCCACGACGAGAGGGUGCUAAAGCUGUCAUCAGAUGAACCCCUCCAGCUGGGGCCUCCGCCCCGCAGCUGCUACCCGCUUGUGGUGAUCCUCGCGCGUGACCAGCGGGAUACAGCCGAGCUGCGGCCUGACGAUACGGUAGCACUAAUAAGCAUAGUACACAUAAAGGACGACCAGUGCCCGCUGCCGAGCGGGGUUAUAGCGCAGUAUUUGAAACAGGCAAAUGGACACUUGUCUUGUUUGAAGCAACUGUACGUGUCCGGCGAGAUGGCGGACGUGGACGAGGGGUACCGCGCGGGCGGCGAGGCGCUGUGCUGCGUGUGCGCCGCCGCGCCGCUCUCGCGCGCGCUGCUGCCGUGCCGCCACGCGUGCCUCUGCGCGCGCUGCUUGCCCAAACUGGACAAGUGUCCGAUCUGCAGAAGCAUGAUAACCAGCUACUUCUGCAUCCGCAACGACGACGAGCCGCUCUCGGAGCUCAAACAGCAGCAGUAUCCCAUCAACAGGAGGAUUCUGAACUUAUUUCACUAUCACUAGCGAAAAACGAGUAGUUUAGUAACUAUAAGUAUUCACUAGCAAAAAAUCGGGAAAAAAUUUGCUGAUCGAUAGUGUGGAACCAGCCUUAUGGAUGACUCAUGACUAUGGUUGGUGUGUCACUAGCCUUAAUAAAUCUAUUUUCGGAGGGCAUAAAGCAGCAAUAUCCAACAGGUGGAUUCUGAACUUAUUUCAUUAUCCCUAAGAGAAAUCAGCGGGAAAAAUUUUACUGGUUGAUAGUGUGGCACAAGCCUUAUAUAGACUGGUUGGUGUUUCACUAGCUGGAUUCGCGAAAUUCAAAGCUGAAACAGAGAAAUGCGAUGUUAUGAGCAGAACUGUACCAGCCUACAAAAAUAAUUCAUCUCUACACGCACUGAACCAGCCAGACGGGAAUAGCCAUCCUUAUUUAUUUAGUGUGCACCAAUCAAGUGUCUUAUGUCAACUAUGUGUCACCAACCCAUUAAAAUCGUAUGGAAUCUUCGCUAGUGUGUUAUAGGCCUUACUGAAUAAUCAACAAUCGAUAGUGUUGAACAGGCCUUACUGGCUACAACAAUCGCAAGUGUGUGACCGGCCUAUAUUGACAUUGAAAUUAUCUAGUGUAUACUCAGACUUAGUAGUCACAACAAAUAUUAACGCUAGUGUACAAUCGAUUUAAAUUGUCCUUUAUUAUAUGAAACAUUUUUAAAAACUAAUGUAUCCUAAAAUAUUUAAAAGUGCAAAAACAAGUAUUUUACGAACCUUAUGUUUAAACAGCAUUAUGUUGACAAAAACCACGUAUAUUGUUCCUUUAUUAUUAUUUUAAGGACGAUUGAUUUUGACAUAGAUAAUAGAAUCAAUGUGACACGUCAAAAUGUGACCAUAAACAAAAUGUUUGUUUAAACAUAAGCAUAGCACACACGGUACACUAGAAAUCACUUAAUAUUUUUUCGUCGAUAAUGUGUUCCUCGCUUUAAUUUCAUUAAAUUCUCGCUCCCUUAUUCUAAUGUGAUGUAGUUAUAAAUAAUAAAAGACAAAAAAUUGUUUGUGAUAUGUUCUGAAUGAGAAAUUUAUUUUGUACAAAUGUUAUGGAUUUUUUUUUAAUUUAAUUUUUUUUCGUAUAUUUUUUUAACUUAUCGCUUGUGUUCAAAUAGUUAUUAUUAUCUUUAGUGAUAAAUGGCAUAAAUUUUCCUAUUUAAGCGAUUAUGUAAGUGUGGGUGCAAAGAAUGGAACUGUGAUAAAAUAAAAAGCUUUGUGACAUUGCUAUGUAUGUAAAUAUAGGAUUAAUUGUAAAUUCCUAGUGUAUUUAUAUGAAUAAGUCGCUUAAAAUAACUUGUUAGAAUUAAUUCCCAUUCACGCUCGAAAAUAAUUUAAUUUCAACUUCUCUUUAGAUAAUAAUCAUAUUCUAUUAUCUGUGGACUUUUGAGGGUCUGUGUAUCAUGCUGUCUCGCUCUGACUUUUUAAAAUUCAAAUGUCGAACAUUAAUAAUUCGAAGAAUAUUCUAGAACCUCAAUAAUUUUAAAUAGUGAAUAAUAAUUUUAUCCAUACUUUUCAUAAAAUAUUAUAAUUAACGAAGUCUUCCAAUAAAAAAUUAACAGAAACAGAUCUCAUUUGUGAAACAACGAGUUAAAUGAUUAAAAAAUAAUCAAAAAAUGACCUCAGUGAAGGUUAUUACCUUUUAGGUAUCUCUGAAUAUUAAAAAAGAAAAAAAAUAUUACAAGAAAAUGUAUUUUAUUUCGUGUAAUUUUUCCUGGGUUAUAAAUAUGUAGAGUUCUCAUGAAACUGGUAUAUAUUUUAAAAUAUAGUAUCAAUUGUCCUGCUAAAUAAUUUCCUUGUCUAAUUCCCAAGUACUUUAUUAUCUGCACAUUAUAAAAAGUUAGCAUUGUAAUAACUAUUUGAUAUGUUUACCAAUCGUCCAUUUUUUACAGUGCAAGAGCUAUAUCAUAAUUAGAAUGUGCAUUUUAUUAAUUGUAAUGUUACUAUUUAUAUUUUAACCACAUGUAUCUAGAUAAAGUAUUAUAUACACAUUUACAUAUUGUAUUGUUAUAUUUAUAAUAACUUUUUUAUUCAUUUUAUUUUUAUACUCGGUUCGAUGAGAGCUCUAUGUUGUAUUACGAUCGAAAAUAGAAAAAAAUAAAACAUUUUAUUUAAA